AUGAUCGAAGACAAAAAAGAAGGACGAAAUCAGCAACUUACGAAUCCUCACCUCAAAAAUGACCAUAUAUUAACUGUGUUAAUAUGUGCAAUUUCAAUACCGUUGUCAAUGUCUAUGUGGAUAUUAAAUAUUAUUUAUUCCAAGUUUUCACAAGACGGAGAAGGACACGACGGUAUUAUUUUGAAUUUGCCAAGUCAGAAAAUAAAUAAAAAAAUAAUAAUUUCAGAACCAGUGGUAAUAUCACCUGCAAGAUGGAUGGUGUCAUGUUUUAUACCCUUAUUGAUGGCAGUUUAUGGCUAUAGAAGGAAAAGUGUUAACUUUGGUGGUGCGUGCUUAGGUUUUGGUGUGGGUCUAGUGCUCACAUUAAGUAGUUACUGUUUCUUGGCAGCUCUUAUUACUUUCUUUAUCACAUCAUCAAGAGCAACGAAAAUAGGUUCUAAUAUCAAGAAAAAAAUUGAAGAAGAAUUUAAAGAAGGUGGCCAAAGGAAUUGGAUACAAGUACUUUGUAAUGGUGGCAUGGCUACUCAACUAGGAUUAUUGUACUUAUUAGAUGUUGGUGCUACUGAAAGGCCUAUAGAUUUUAUUAAAGAUUACAGAGCAUCUUGGCUCUCAAUAGGUGUACUUGGCUCAUUUGCCUGCAGCAAUGGUGAUACCUGGGCAUCAGAGUUGGGUAGUGUCUUUGCAAAAACUGAUCCCUUUCUAGUAACAUCAUGGAAAAGAGUUCCAAAAGGAACAAAUGGUGGAGUCUCACUUCUAGGAACAUUAUUCAGUGCUGCUGGAGGGCUUAUCAUAGGCAUAUCAUAUUAUGUUGCAAUAAUUUAUUUUUCUGAUAAAGCUUUAUGGGCUAAUGCUCCUCCUCAAUGGCCCGUGAUUGUGUUUGGAGGUUUUGCUGGGUUUCUUGGCAGCUUAAUAGAUUCUUUGAUGGGAGCAACUUUACAAUAUUCUGGUUUAGAUAAAGAUGGAAAAAUCGUAUCACAUUCCAGUCUCACAAUUAAACAUAUUAGUGGUAGAAAUAUCCUUGACAAUCAUAGUGUAAAUCUCAUUUCGACUGUCAUUAUGGGUCUUCUUAUGCCCACUUUAUGUAAAUGUUUGUGGCCCCUAUUUUAA